AAGGACUGGGAAAUGAAACGUGGCAUAUACAAGACCGGAUUAAUCCAGGAGGCGGUGAAUGAUAUGUGGUUCGCAAACCGAAGCGAUGAGGGUAUAGUAUAUGCUAAAUACUUUGAUCCUUUACCCGUUCAAACCAUUGCGCUUAUACUCACAGCAAUUGAAUGCUGCAUCGACGAGUGGAUGACUGGAGUAAAGGAGGACAUCAAAUUUUCGUCGGUUGCUUACUCCCCGGUCUACCUUCUCCAUCUCAACUCCCUGCGGCGGUUCGACGAGUGGACUGCUGCUUACAAACUGCUCGGUAAAAUUGGUGUCAAUCUUCUCGACGUCGCUCGGUAUUUUUUUAUUACUUAUGUCAUUCAUCAUCCAAACUGA